AUGAAAAGAAGAAAAAGAAAGUAUGCCACGGAUAGGGCAUCGCCGAAAAAUGGCGCACAGGAGCCUCGCCCGACUCCAGUGGCAAGUGGGCUAGGGCUGCCGUGUCCAGGGCGGGCACGGCUAAAGAAGUUAGCCCCAAUCCGCAUCCGGAAUAUAGCUUUUACUGAGCGUUGGAGAAAGUUGGCCAAUGUACUCGUACUCGUUGUAAAUGUGUUUCUACAGGCGCACCUGGUCCUGGGAGUUUGCCUCAGCCAUUGGAGACAAGAAGGCAAAUCCGUGCAGGAGUACUGGAACAAGAUUCAGGCGGCUAUUCGUGGCCAACACAGUGGAACAACAUAG